UCUUUUUCUUUUUCUUUCUCUUUUCCCGUUUGCUCUCUCUCUCUCUUCCCUUUCUCUUUCUCUUAUCUUCUUUCUCUCUUCUCUCCACGGUAACACACCAUAACCACAAAGAUCCAACCUCCAGCAACAACUAUUUUUGACACGCGGCGGCUCAUUGAAUUCGUCUUACUCCGACAACCUCAACCACCAAGCGGCACUGCCUAACUCACUCUCAACUGUUUGGAAUAGUCAGUCAAAGUUUUUGUUCGUUAACUUUGACCGUGUUUUCCGGCCAACUCCGACCACCCCUCGACGAGUGAUCAGUACCUUUGGAAACAGCGUGGAGAGAGGAACAAAACCCACUAAGUCAUUCCGGUCAACUCGUCGUUUUUCUCCGGCGAGAUUUUGGGUAUCUCCGCCACUUUCUGGCGACGUUCUGGCGACGUUCUGGCGAGUCUGAGCACUUUUUGGACCGACGGUUCAUAUGAAUGUGAUCUACUCGCCGAUGUGGUCAUUUUGAUAUAUGCCAUGCCUACCUUCGUCUAUGUUUUCGAUACACCGCUCACUGCCGCCACCAACAGCUAUUGUGCACCGCUUGGGAAAAGCGUGAUAUUAAAAUUGGACUAAAUCAUUGUAGGAUCACCGUUAAGCUUAGCAGCUUCACUUUUGGCUCGGAUUGAAAAUUCUAAGAAGGUAGGAACAACUUGACUAAUAGACUUAUUUUACUCGUAUUGAAUUGCAUUAAACAUAUUCCAAUUUUUAUAUUUAUAAAAUUUUUGAAAAAUUGAAAACUUAAUCUGCAUGUAUUCUGAUCUGUUUUGAGGGCACCGAGUGUCAAAUAUAUUUUUAUUCACUUAUUUAUGCAGGUUAUGAUUUUUGGGUUUUAUUCAAAUACAGCUGUUAUGCUGCCCAAUUUUCUAAAAUAUAAAGGGAAUGUGUUUCUUUCUUUUCAUGUUUACUUGCAUUUGGUUAUGCCGAUGAGAGCCAUAGUGAUCUUGAUUUGUGCAUGUUGUUUCACGACCUAGUCUCUGUGUCAUCAUAGGUAGAUCAGGUGUCCACUCACCUGUAGCUAUAAAGACAUAGCAUCUAUAUACAAGAAGUGCUCUAAGCCUCCCCCUUGUGGUGGUUAUCAGGUCCGACUACCCGGUUUAAGAUGUUGGUUUUUCUAUGGUGGGUAACGGGGACUAGGGAUUUAUUGGACGGUGUGAUGUGCACUUGUAGCUAUGCUCUUAUGAUUAUUUGUGGUUUCUCUCUAUUUUGGUUUAUACAUCAUGAUAUAUGUUUUGUUUUCAAAGCCAACUAAGCAAGAGUUUUAUUAAACUUUUGGGUCCUAUAUUAUUAGUUGCUUUCCUACCGGGCUUUAUAAGCUCACCCCCUAUAUCUCUCCCAUUCUAGGAGCCUAGUGACGCGAAUGAGGAUAAGGUGAAUUAUUGAUUGAGCAAAUGUGUUUAGCCUAGUUUUAUUUAGUGUCAUUAUUUUAUCUUUUGAACAUUAUAUAUGUAUAUUUGAUUUGGAACCGGUAUAUCUGAAUUAGUUAUGUAAUUGUUAGGAAUGAGGAAUGGUGGAUGCUAAGUAUAAUUUUAGGUGUUCAUGACUUAUUAAAUUUAAUUAUUUUGUGACUACAUAACUGUGAGGAUAUUAUUGUUCUAUGUAUAAUAAUAAAUGAUCACGCUUUUAUCAUUAAUAUUUUUAUAUAUAGUUAUAGGAGCUAUUCCAUUAUUUUUAUUUAUGAAUAUAAUACUAUUUAAUAUAAACUAAAUGAUCGUUUAUAAAGACUAUUUUACUACAAGGGUCAAAGUUUGACCUUUGACCAGCCAAGUUAUGGAUAUUACAAAUCUGUCAUGGCAUAGGGCUUGGAUCGUGGCAUUAUAUGUAUGCAUACAAUGAACAUUAUUACAAUAACAUAUAAAUUUAAUAUGCAAUGGCUUCUUCUUCUGUUGCUUCUCAUGAGCCCUUUGACAACUAGUGAUUCUCAGAAAACAAACAUCCAUAGUGAGCGCAUUUGCAUGGAUCGCAAGCUAUUCCAAGCUGCAACUGAUGGUGAAACUGAAGUCUUCAGGGAAAAGGUCAGUGAACUCCAACUGUUAUUGACCCCAGAAAGAAAUACAGUGCUCCAUGUCCAUAUCAUCACUACUUCAAGAACCACUAAUCAAACAACUACCUUCGUGGAAGGGAUCCUGGACUUGUGUCCAACACUGUUGAUGCAAACUAAUGCAAGAGAAGAGACUCCCUUACUCAUGGCAGCAAGGUACGACCAUCACCACAUUGUUGAUUUUCUAAUUGAACGUGCCAAAUUAUCCCAACCACAGGACCUUGAAGAGGACAUCUCUAGUGUCCAAACGAUGAUAAGGAUGAAGAAUGAGGAAGAGGACACUGCGUUGCACGAGGCUGCGCGGUUCGGGCAUCUUGAGGUUGUGCAGAUAUUGACGAGAGAAGACCCUCAUUUCUCGUAUUCGGCUAAUAAAGCAGGCGAGACUCCACUCUACAUAGCCGUCCAGUGCCGACACCAAGAUUUGGUGAAGGAAAUACUAAAUAAUUGUUCGUCACCAGCUACCAGUGGCCCUAAUGGCAGAACUGCACUGCAUGCAGCUUCUACAAAUAUAGGAAUAACAAAAAUGCUUUUGGACAAAGUAGAUUAUCUGACAAAACAAGCAGAUGAUGAUGGUUUUAUUCCACUGCACUAUGUUGCUUGCUUUGACUCAUCAAAUGUGGUGGAGAUUACAAAAAUGUUGCUAGAAAAUAAUGAAAGUAGUGCAUACAUCAAAAAUAAGAAAGGCAUGACAGCGCUUCACAUUGCAGCUUACAAUGAGUGUUAUGGUGAUAAGAUAAUGAAGGAAAUUCUGGCAAGUUGUCCAGAUAGCUACGAACAAGUUGACAAUGAAGGCAGAAAUGUUCUACACCAUGCUGUGUCGACUACAUGUCUCUCCAACGUAAACUUCAUCUUAGAACAUGCAUCAUUAAUAGGUGGCCAUUACCUUUUAAAUAGAAAAGAUAAGGAAGGAAAUACCCCAUUGCUUCAUAUGGCUGCCACUUCCUCAUGGAAUCUGCCCAUUCUAAAAUCUUUGUUGUCUCAUCCCAAAGUGAAUAGGAUGUCACUCACCAAACAAAACAACAAUAUUCGAGAUGUGUAUAUGAUUCAAUUCAAACAAUAUGAGGUAAGAAUGCUGGAUCUCUUCAAUAAAUACUCCAUAGAGCCUUCUGUGGGAAAACAUAUCCUAGAACUCGAACUCAAUCGCGAGAACAUUAAGUAUGUGCAGAAGGAAGUCAUUACAAAAAUGAAAGAAUCUAGUCUAGUUACUUCUACGUUGAUUGCGACAGUGACAUUUGCAGCUGGAUUUACGAUGCCAGGAGGUUACAUAAGCGACGAGGUUGGACAUCGACAACAAGGGAGUGCUGUACUGAGGAACAACACAGCAUUUCAGGCCUUCAUCAUAACAAACACAAUGGCCAUGUUGCUCUCUGCUACAUCUGUUUUUUUGAACAUCUUUCUUAAUAUAUCAUUUGUAGAAGGAGUAAAUGAUCACAGGAAGUGGAAUUACUAUAAGGUUUGCAUGAGCUUAACAAUCUAUGCCCUGGUCUUAAUGAUGAUAGCAUUUGUCACUGGUACAUACGCAGUGUUGUCACUUUCUGCUCCCCUUGCCAUCACCACUUGUUUUAUUGGAUCGCUUUUCUUUGUUAUCACAUUCUACAUAAUAAUGCAUAAAUAAGAGAGUGUAUAAUUUAGGAAUAAUUUUCAUAUAUAUACUCAUAAAGCUUCUAGUCAUAACUUGUGCAAGUGAUAAAUAUAUAAGAGUAAACUCAAAAUUUUAAAUUUAUUAUUAAUAAAUUUAUUUUAAUUAUUUGAAUAUUACUACAAUAUAUAAAUGUUAUUAUGUGUUAGUUCAGCCACUUUAACUAAAUGUUAUUGUGGUGUUUGGGUUCUUUUUCUUUCAGUUUUAUUAUUAUGUUUAGUUAGUUAGUUCUGUUAAGGGAAUUAGCUAUAAAUACUUGAGAACCUUGGUCUGUUGGGAUAUUGGUUAAGAGUUAGAAAUUGAGUGAGAUUGGAGGGUUGUAAAGAGUUCAAGUGUAUCUAAUCUUGAUCUUUCAUUGUGUGAGCUCUCUUUGUAAUUUGAAGCAAGGCUUCUUGGUGUAAACUCUUGUUCUGAUCUCAAGCUUACUGAAUAAAGUUCUCAGCCAUUUUUGAGGUUGUUCUA